CUUUUAGGUGGUAGAAUCAGGCUGAGGGAAUCGGUUCUACGAAGAAGAUGACCGGAGAAGAUGAGCUAUAUCCAUCUAGUGUUAAGAUGAGAUUUCCCGUUUUCAUUUUCCUCAAGGAUAUCAGACAUGUUUUUAAACUCGACGAGCUCGGAUCGGAGAUAGCACAAAUUGCUUUGCCUGCAGCGCUUGCUUUGACAGCUGACCCUAUUGCUUCUCUUGUUGACACUGCAUUUAUUGGCCAAAUUGGUUCUGUUGAACUCGCUGCUGUAGGAGUUUCUAUUGCCUUGUUCAAUCAAGUGUCGAGAGUUGCGAUAUUCCCUCUCGUUAGCAUCACAACGUCAUUUGUGGCCGAGGAAGAUACGAUCGGAAGAGUGAGCUCCGAAGCUCGAGAAAGCGAUUACAUGCAGACAGGUUCAUGUGUAGAUACAGAAAACAAUGAGCUAAUACCACGAAAAGAAUCUAAUGACGGUCCAUACCAGGCGAAAACACAUGGAAGCAGUUUUGAUGUUAAUAAAUUCGAACCUGAAAGAAGGCAUAUCCCAUCAGCUUCAUCAGCACUGGUUAUUGGCGGCAUCCUUGGUCUCCUCCAAGCCAUAUUUCUGAUUUCCGGAGCGAAACCUCUAUUGAACUUCAUGGGAAUCGGUUCAGACUCGCCCAUGCUAAACCCUGCACAACAGUACUUGACAUUAAGGUCCCUAGGUGCUCCUGCCGUUCUUCUCUCGUUAGCCAUGCAAGGUGUCUUUCGAGGAUUUAAAGACACUAAAACUCCUUUAUAUGCCACUGUUGCAGGAGAUGUAACAAACAUUAUUUUGGACCCAAUAUUUAUGUUCGUUUUCCGUCUCGGUGUCAGUGGUGCAGCCAUUGCUCAUGUGAUAUCUCAGUACCUUAUGUCGGUAAUACUCUUGUGGAAGCUAAUGAGCCAAGUUGACCUCUUACCCCCUAGUUUAAGGCAUCUACAUUUUGGUAGAUUUCUGAAGAAUGGUCUCCUAUUGUUAAUACGAGUUAUGGCCGUUACAUUCUGCAUCACCCUGUCAGCAUCGAUGGCUGCCAGGCUGGGAUCGACAUCCAUGGCUGCAUUUCAAGUAUGCUUGCAGGUUUGGUUAGCGACUUCUCUUCUUGCCGAUGGGUUGGCCGUAGCUGGACAGGCAAUACUCGCAAGUUCGUUUGCAAAAAAGGACUACGAGAAGGCGACAACCACCGCAUCUCGAGUAUUGCAGUUAGGAUUGGUUCUAGGGAUGAUACUUGCAGUCAUUCUAGGGGGAGGACUGAGUUUCGGAGCAAAACUAUUUACAAAAGACGCCGAUGUCCUCCGCCUCAUUGGUACAGGCAUUCCAUUUGUUGCUGCAACUCAGCCCAUCAAUUCAUUAGCAUUUGUUUUUGAUGGUGUCAACUUUGGAGCAUCUGACUUUGCAUAUUCUGCCUUCUCCUUGGUUCUUGUAGCAAUUGUCAGCAUUGUAUGUUUAUGUUUUCUCUCCUCCAGUCAUGGAUUCAUCGGACUCUGGAUCGCUCUGACGAUAUACAUGAGCCUUCGAGCCUUGGCCGGAUUUUGGAGGAUAGGGACAGGAACAGGGCCUUGGAAGUUUCUCAGGAGCUGAAUGUAAUUUGGACGAGCUUACUUCCUGUUCAAGUCUUGCUCUUGUAUGAUUCUGAUUAUUUAGAAAUGUUGAGAAUUCUUUGAAAGCACAUAAAGGGCUACCAAAUCUGUAUUAUUGGGAAAUU